CAAAAUUACCUCAUCCUUAUUCCCAAUAGCGAUAUUUUGAUUGUCCUCACAUGCGUGAUUAUACGCGUAGGAGGCAUAGUGGACAAUCAACAAAUUGAUGGUACUUGAACAUCACACUUUCAACUUACUGUGACCAGGAAUAUCGACCAGGAAAAUGGCAAACCGCAACUCGCUUAUAGUCCUCGUCUUACUAUUUUCUACUGUGGCGAAUGCUACAGAUACGAAUUACGCGAAAAUAAUAAGCUAUGAAAAUUCGAACCACGACCCCAACAACUACCACUUCAAAUACGAAACAAGUGACGGUACUGCUCGAGAAGAGUCCGGGUAUGUUGUAACAGUAAAUGGCAAGAAUAUUCUGACGGUACGCGGUAAAUACUCCUAUACUGGAACGGACAAUGUUCAGUAUGUCGUUAUGUAUGUCGCCGACGAGAAAGGUUACAGAAUUGAAAAGAUGGAUCGGGUACCUGCACCUCCAGUAAUGCUUCACUCACCAAUUGCACCAGUUUUGAGUAUAAGCAGUAAUGCUAUAAAAAGCUUGCAGGGAGGUCUUGGUUAAAGCUGUGGUUUAAUUCUGCUGUUAGCAAAACGUGUUUAUGGUAACACAACUAACAGAAUAUAAAAAAAACAGAAAAAAAAAAACGCCGGAGUAAAUGAUAAAUGAGGUUCUAACAAAAUUGUUUUAUAUUUUCAUUCUUUCUUGGAAUAAAAGCUUUACUUUGCAA